CCAGAGAGGGGGAGAGAGGCGACCAGAAAGGAUUCUCACUGUUGCUCUGUUCACAAGAACUUUGCCUUGGAGCCCGGAAGCGUCCCAAGACUGUCGACAGAGUCUGUUUGAAGAGUUCGCAUUCCGCAACAAGAUGAAUGGCGUGAGGCCUAGGUGGGGCUGCGUUUCUCCCUCAGGAGUCUCCGCCAGGCCCAGCACUACACUGCCCCCUGGAGGGUGGUAAUUUGCGUGAGGGGGCAGGCCCCCGUGGUCCCCAAAUAUGGAGUUUGGGAACUUCAGUGACCCCAGCCAGCUGAGCUCCUGCUUACGUGGAAAGAACGGCAGCGGCGAAAACCGGGGCCACCUCGCCUCACCGUGGUUCUCCACCAUCUUUGCCCUCAUCGGCCUCUGCUCCAACCUCUUUGCUUUUUGUGUGCUGGUCAACUCCUCGCGGAAGAUGCACAGCAGGGCCCGCUCCUCCUUUCUGGUCUUCCUUUGCGGUCUGGUGGUGACAGAUUUCAUGGGCCUGCUGGUGACCUCCUGCAUUGUCGUCCCCUACCACUUCAUCCAGUUUGACUGGAGGAGCGUGGACCCCGGGUGCCACCUCUGCAACUUCAUGGGCCUUGCCAUGGUCUUCUUCGGGCAGUGCCCGCUCUUGCUGGGUGCCACCAUGGCCGCGGAACGCUUUGUGGGCAUUUAUCGGCCCUUCUCCCGCUCUGUCAACAUGUCGAAACGCCGGGCCUGGAUCUUAGUGGGAUUGGUGUGGGCCCUGGGCUUCUUCCUUGGCCUGCUGCCCAUCUUGGGCCUGGGGGACUACACUCUACAGUUCCCCAACUCCUGGUGCUUCCUCACGCUGCUCCAUGACGCCGGGAACAUAACCUUCUGCCUCAUCUUCGCCCUGCUGGGCAUUUUCUGUGUGGGCCUCUCUUUCGUCCUCAACACAUUCAGUGUUGUGACCCUUUGCCGGGUCUACCAUGACUCAGAGUCAGUGCAGCGCCGGAGGGACAGCGAAGUGGAGAUGAUGGUCCAGUUGUUGGGCAUCAUGGUUAUUGCCAGUUGCUGCUGGCUCCCCCUGCUGAUCUUCAUCGUACAGACGGCCCUUCAGGACUUCUUGGAUUCCAACUGGAUCCCCCCAAAGACAGAGGAAUGGCUGCUCAUCUACUUGCGAAUGGCCACCUGGAACCAGAUCCUUGAUCCGUGGGUCUACAUUCUGUUCCGCCGGGCGGUGCUGAAGCGCAUCUACCCCAGCCUCAAAACCCGUCCCUCCAUCAUCUCCCUGUACCCUGUCCUCAACACCUCGCUGCGGCAGAAGUUUACCCAGGAGUCUGUGCUCCAGUGAGAAGAGGUGGGAUGUCCAGAUUCUGUGGUUCCUCCCCAAAUGAAGGCAUAGCCCACUUGCUAUAACAAUGGGCUUCCUCCAAUCCCCCUUCUAUUGCUUGAACCAGGCUCUUGCAAUACGCUGGGAGCAUGGCCCCAGCCCCCACCCCAUGUGCCACCACCCCAUCUGUGUUUCCCUUCCCCCGGCCUGAAAUUCAGCCCUGCUUGCUGCACCAGUAGCCCUUGAUGUAGCCAUUGGGAUGGGCAUCUUCCCAAACCCAGCCUAAAGGACCUAUCCCAGAAUGCCUUGCUGCUCCUGCCUUGUACCAUAUGGGCAAUGUUGGGCUGGAAGAAGCAGGGAUUCUCUUUUCUCUUGAGUAGCUGUUGAAACCAACCAGCUAGUUCGGGCCCUCUGUAUUCUGGCCCUGGCCCCAGCCUGGUACAGACAGACAGAUGGAUGUUUUAAGCAGGAACCAAAGACCCAAGCUGAUUGACUGACUUGGAGUAUGCAUGCAGCUUACCAGAAUUAUAAACAGGAAGGGAAAUGGCAGGAUGAUACGAGCAUGUUGAAAUGUACGGUGGCAGCGUGCAUGAACAUCGUGGUAAUAAAUCCUAUGGUAUUUUGUGCCUGCAA